GUAGUAUGUCCAGAGCAACUGAUCCGAAACCGUCUACGACAUGAGAACCGCAUACUCUGAUGACACGGAAGAGUUGAUAGCAGGUGAGGACACAACAUUCGAAGCAGUCCAGCUCGUUCUCCCAAACGGCAAGGAAACAAGACAACCAGAUCCCAGACCAACAGAACGAGAAACCCUUCCCCCGGCUCCAGAAACAAGGCGUCACGUGACAUUCAGAACAGAACAGCAUGCCAGGUUCACAUCAGACGUACCAGCAGCUCCCCAAACAGAACCCCUGAGAUGCAGCAAGGUGGUGGGUCUGACCCUGGUGUUGAUGUCGAGUGCGCUGUACUGUUUGAGCAUAGCACUCGCUAAGCGUACCCCGAGUGUGGGCAGCCCGGAGAUAUGCUGUAUCCAGUGUGGGGUGUGUAUUGGGGUGUUGGUGAUGUGUGCUACUCAUCAGGGCAUCAGUGUCCUCGUACCCAGAGACAAGGUAGUAGGACUAGCUACAGUGAGUAUCUCCGGAGCGGCUGGACUCCUCCUAACAGUCUCCAGCGUCCAGCAUAUGAGGUUUGGAGACGCUAUCCUCCUCCUCUACACCGCACCCCUAUUCUCCGGUCUCUUCGCUAAGAUCGUCUUCAAAGAAAAGUGUGGCGUCGUCAACUUUACCAGCGCUUUCGCUUGUUUUCUCGGUAUAGUUUUUACCUUGCAGCCACCAAUAAUCUUCAGCAAAAUGUCCCACAAAGACGCAAACUUGAGUCUCACCGUGUGUGCACUAGCACUGGUAGGUGCUAUAUGUCUUGGGGCGUGUUACACAGCAGUCAGGGUACAGGGUGCUAGUGUAUCCCUUCUCACCACUCUGUUCUGGUUAAACGUUAUCCUCCUGCCCACCAGUGUAGCGGUACAACUCAUAACCGCCACCCCGUACACAGCACCGCACUGCGGUUCUGACAGACUCUACCUCCUCCUCAGUGGUCUCCUCAUGUUGGUCAGUUUGUAUCUGUUCUUCAGGGCCCUGUCACGUGAUAUCACCACCCCUGCUGUCCUCAUGAGGAACACAGACGUUUUGUUCGGGUAUUGUUUCCAAGCUUUGUGGUUCAAAGAGAGUGUGGACGUGCUGAACGUUAUCGGACUGAUAAUGAUAACGGGGGGAGUGUCUGCUAUCUUCUUGCACAAGCUGCUGAAGAACGUGCACGUGAGUCUGAGGACUAUAGAGUACGGUCAGCUCAGAGAGGAAGAGGAACCGGUUCAGCAGCAAGUUAAUACCGUCUGAGGAGUGCAGUGGAUAUUUCAUUAUACUUAUAGAAAUAUUGCACGUUGGAUUGAGAAAACUAGCCCCGAGCUCCAGUACCGUAACAUUCUAGCGUAACCCCAGAAACAGAGUACAUAAAGUAUGAUUACAGUUGCAGCUUGUGCUCAAGUGCAUUGAUUGUGCAACUAAACACGAAGCAUUUUAUUAUAUGACUAUGACAUAUUAGCCUCCAAUCAGAUUAAU